UGUUCCGCCCCGCACAGCCCUUAAGAUGGCAGCGGGGGGACGGUGAAGGUUGCGGCCGGGCUGCCAGGGCGCUAGCCGCCUUCGCCCCCACCACCCCCGCCCCUCGCCCCCCUCCCCGCUCCGCCCCGGACCAUGGACCUGCACACCGCCGUGUACAAUGCCGCCCGCGACGGCAAGCUGCAGCUGCUGCAGAAGCUGCUGGCCGGCCGGGGCCGCGAGGAGCUGGAGGAGCUGAUGGGCGCGGCGGCGGGCGGGGGCACCCCGCUGCUCAUCGCCGCGCGCCGCGGCCACCUGGACGUGGUGGAGUUCCUGGUGGACCGGUGCGGCGCGGACGUGGAGGCCGGCGGCUCGGUGCACUUCGACGGCGAGACCAUCGAGGGCGCGCCGCCGCUGUGGGCCGCGUCGGCGGCCGGGCACCUGGCGGUGGUGCGCAGCCUGCUGCAGCGCGGGGCCUCGGUGAACCGCACCACGCGCACCAACUCCACGCCGCUGCGCGCCGCCUGCUUCGACGGCCACCUGGACGUGGUGCGCUACCUGGUGGGCGAGCACCAGGCCGACCUGGAGGUGGCCAACCGGCACGGCCACACCUGCCUGAUGAUCUCCUGCUACAAGGGCCACCGCGAGAUCGCGCGCUACCUGCUCGAGCAGGGCGCGCAGGUGAACCGGCGCAGCGCCAAGGGCAACACGGCGCUGCACGACUGCGCCGAGUCCGGCAGCCUGGAGAUCCUGCAGCUGCUGCUCCGCCGCCGCGCGCGCAUGGAGCGGGACGGCUACGGCAUGACCCCGCUGCUGGCCGCCAGCGUCACGGGCCACACCAACAUCGUGGAGUUCCUCAUCCAGGCGCAGCCGGGCCUGGAGCGCCCGUCCCGCGGCCCCGGCGGGGGCGAGGACGACGAGGACGACGCGGAGACCGCGGGCGGAUCGGCCCCCGAGGAGCCGCGGGACCCCGACGCACCCUCGGUGGAGAGCUGCUGCCCCACCAGCCGCGAGGCCGCGGUGGAGGCCUUGGAGCUGCUGGGCGCCACGUACGUGGACAAGAAGCGCGACCUGCUGGGCGCCCUGAAGCACUGGCGCCGGGCUAUGGAGCUGCGGCACCAGGGCGGCGAGUACCUGCCCAAGCCGCAGCCGCCGCAGCUCGUCCUGGCCUACGGCUGCGCGCGCGAGGUGAGCACGGUGCAGGAGCUGGAGGCGCUCAUCACCGACCCCGACGAGAUGCGCAUGCAGGCGCUGCUGAUCCGCGAGCGCAUCCUGGGCCCCUCGCACCCGGACACCUCCUACUACAUCCGCUACCGCGGCGCCGUCUAUGCCGACUCGGGCAACUUCCAGCGCUGCAUCGGCCUGUGGAAGUACGCGCUGGACAUGCAGCAGAGCCACCUGGAGCCCCUGAGCCCCAUGACGGCCAGCAGCUUCCUGUCGUUCGCGGAGCUCUUCUCUUACGUGCUGCAGGAGCGCUCGGCCAAGGGCGGCCCCGGCCCGCAUGUGGGCUUCGCCGACCUCAUGGGCGUGCUAAGCAAGGGCGUGCGGGAGGUGGAGCGCGCCCUGCAGCUGCCCAAGGAGCCCGGCGACGCCGGCCAGUUCGCCAAGGCGCUGGCCAUCAUCCUGCACCUGCUCUACCUGCUGGAGAAGGUGGAGUGCAGCCCUAGCCAAGAGCACCUCAAGCACCAGACCGUCUACCGCCUGCUCAAGUGUGCGCCCCGCGGCAAGAACGGCUUCACCCCGCUGCACAUGGCCGUGGACAAGGACACCACGCACGUGGGCCGCUACCGCGUGGGCCUCUUCCCGUCCCUCGCCGUGGUCCGGGUGCUGCUGGACUGCGGCGCCGACCCCGACAGCCGGGACUUCGACAACAACACCCCGCUGCACAUCGCAGCGCAGAACAACUGCCCGGCCAUCAUGAGCGCGCUGGUGGAGGCCGGGGCGCACAUGGACACGGCCAACGCCUUCCGGAAGACGCCGCUCGAGCUGCUGGCUGGCGAGCUGCUGGCUGCCGGCGCCCUGCAGCCCUUCAACCACGUGUCCCUGCAGUGCCUGGCUGCGCGGGCGCUGCACCGGAACAAGGUCCCCUACAAGGGCCUCAUCCCAGAGGAGCUGGAAGCCUUCAUCGAGCUGCACUGAGGGGGCCCGUGGGCAAUGCACCGCAUCUCGGCCGUUGCCACGCACUCUCGGGCUGCCUCCGGGGCCCUCGGGAGAGAAGGUGCUGGGGGCCUGGGGCAGGGCUGGGGCCCCUGGGGAUGAGCCCCCCGUCCCUGGGUGUGAAGAGGGCAUGGGGGUAACAGCGCAGGGCGAGGCAGGCCGCCACCCGUAGCCAGCGUGGGUUUGCUGUGUCUGUAGUGGGUGCGUGGCUGGCUGCACAAAGCCUGGCCAUUUUUGUUUUGUUUUGUUUUGUUUUCUGAGUUUGAUGGAGUGAGCAUUUCUGCCCGGAAUGCAAGGCCGCGGCGGGAUGUCAGGUGAGUGGCCUGGUGUCCCCAAGGCCAGCCCGAGCGUGCGUGGGGAGCCCGGGCCCUGGCCACACCGCCCUCCAUCUGCCUCCGGGCGCCCAGUGCCUUUGCUUGUGUUCAGACUCUUCUAUUUAUUAUGAUGAUUAUUUAUGCACCACAUGGUGUGGGCUUAGCCCAUGAGGGAGGCCCGCCCAGCCUUCCAGAUCCUUCUACACUCUCAGCACACUGGGCCCUGGGCUGACCUGGCAGAUGUCUGUCAGAGCUCGGGUUCACAUUAAAAAGCGGGUGUCU